CUCGAUACACAGGACACCAUUCGCAUUUGUGCGACGGAUCUGGCUACAGCUGUAUUCCUUCUGAUUGGAUUUUUAAGUAAGAGUUCCAGCGUGCAUUAGUUUCUUGUGCGACUUCCAAAAGCUUCGCUUGUAAGAAUCAAUUUAUGCUAAAUAAUGAGAAUAAAUUACAAAAAAGUUGCGAAAUUUAUCGCCCCAUUGGACAUGGUGUUGUCAGCGUUCGUGUUCAUAAUGGAACUAAUCAAUCCCUUUCCCUUUAAAUAUGCCGUAUUGAUUGGAAUUGAUAUAGAAAUGUUUUACGCAUAUCCCACUCAACCUGACGAGGUUAUAAGUCCCUCUCGCAAGUUACUUAUAACUCUCUGCUACGUUUAUGCAGGGAUGGAGUGGCUAUGCAGCAUGUUCUUGCUGUGGGCGCUCGUAGUGAAGCAGCGUGGAUAUGCUGUCCCAUGGGUAUCAUGCAAGACUGGUAGUUGUCUAUUCCAGAUUGCUAGCCUGUUAUUUUACUUAAUUACUCAAAAACUCUGGAACCGGAACAUCCUCCUUCCAGCAUGUUUCAACAUAGGGAUUACUUACGCUGCAGCAUAUAUUGUCCACAAAGGUGUGGAUGAAUUGUCAAGUGAAAGGACACAAAAUGAGGAUGAGGGAUUCAGUCUAUGUGGGAGGAUCUGCGGGACAAAUGAGGAACCUGACAGUGCCCAGAGUAAUGAGGAGGUACCUGAAAGUGCCCAAAGGACUGAAGAUGUGCCUGCAAGUGCCCAAAUAGCUGAAGAGUUGCCUGAGAGUAGCCAAAGAGCUGAAGAGUUGCCUGAGAGUAGCCAAAAAGCUGAGGAGGGACUGGAAAGAGUUCAGAAUGCUGAAGAGUUGCCAAAGAGUUGCCAGGGAACUGAAGAGCAGAAUGGGAAAAGUCAAAUGGCUGAGAAGUUGCCUGAGAGUGGCCAGGAGCUGCCUCAGAAUGAUGACAGUGCUGAGAUGUUGUCUGAUAGCGUCCAGAAGGUUGAGAAGGUAUCUGACAGUGUCCAGAGGAAUGAUGGACUAGAAACUUGAGACAUCUGAAGGACUAAAUUCUUAUGAGAAGGCCAAAGAGGGCUGAUAUUUUGCACCAAGCCCAAGUUUCAUAAUGACUUAUUCAUGUAGUUGCAGACUUUGUUCAUUUUUUCAACAUACAGAAAUGAGCUUUCCCUUUACCAGAAAUGUUUAAAGCUCUGUUAUAUAACUGCAAAUAUUUUGAGAUUAUUUUGGUGUUCUUGAAUAUCCACCCUUAUCUUUGCCGUUUUAAUCUAAUAAAUGCUGCAACACUUCAUUUGUAGCUACAUCAUAAUCUAUACAGAACAUAAAUUAUAUAUUAUACAUAAGAUAACACCAAAGUUUUUGAUGCAACAGUUCUGUUACAUAAACGUCUUUUGAGAAUUUCCUAGUUUCCCAUUUGUGAUAUCCUCUUUCAACAAAAGGAUAUGUAUCUAUAGCUACCAGUUGUUUUACAGAAACACAUAAAUGUAUUAUGCUAUAACUAAUGUCAAUUGAAGUAAUCUUUUAAAAUGUUAUAGGAGUAGAGGAAUGCAGAGUACUGUUGAAUUGCCACUAACUCUGAAUUGAUGAUAAAACACUAGUACUCCAUUUGUUAUAAAAAUUCUUUGUAUUCUUAAUAAUAAAUUGAUUUAUUCAUGUGAAAGGAAAAGCAAGUUAGUUCAUUCAUUGUGGCAGACAUAGUCAUUAAUACUAUUGGUAGUUAUGAGCUCACCACUCUACAUUAAUUAUUGUAAAUUUUUAUACAUGAAAUGUUUUAUUAAAUAUAAGUUGUAUCAAAUU